AUGCAAGAAAUCUUUUUCAGACUUCCUCCACAAUCUGUGGCUCUUUUCAAGUCUAUCAAAAUAAUGGGUAAGUUAGGGAUGUUGUUUGGUGCCACCAUUGCCAUUGGUACUCCUGGACUUUUAGCCCCAUUGAACUCCUCCAAUGGGUUGAUUCUUCUUUACAAUUCCUACUUUGGUAAAGAAAAAUCCAUGUUUAUCGUCUAUAACCCUUCUAAUGCUGAUUACACCACCCUCCCUAUACCUCCAUCUCUGGUUAUUCGACCAGAUAGUUUCUUAAGAACCAAAAGAGGUGUUCAUUGGUUGUUGGAACCAUCUGGUGUGAUUGCCUACACCAUAAGAAACAAACAGUUACAUAGUUUCACUUCCGCACCAGGGGACUUAGCCUACAUUGAUGAUGAGGGGUAUAGCAAUUGUGUUAGGAAGAUGACGGUAGAGAUGGUUAUUUGCAAUGCAAAUGCCCUUGUAGGAAGACGAUGUGCGUUUGCAGGAACAGGUGUUGCUGGAGAAACAUUGACGAAUACACAUGCAACUGUACCUAGUCCAGAAAAUACAGCCAUUCCUAUCUUUUUCCAUGAAGGCAAUGCUGAACUGGUUCAAUUGGAAUCAGUAUACUGUUCCUGCGUCCAUAUCGAAGAUAUUUUAGUGUCUACUCUGCAGAUGAAUACGAUGUGCGUUUUGCAGCAAGUGCUUUAUGAAUUCCUCGGUGGCCGUAAUUAA